UCGAGGGCGGCGCGCCGCCACCAGCCGCGCCUGGCGGCGUGCGACGUCGACGUGGACCGGCAGCAAGACCACGCCCGCGCGUCGGACCAUGCCACCUGCCUGCUCGGCGCCCGUCAUUUUGGCCAUCGACCGCGUCCUCCGUCUCGAGGGCGCCUGGCGGCUCGGCCUGACGCCCGACGACGGCUGGAGCGAGAAUGUUGCCGUGCUGACCUCCGAGGCGCUCUACUUUCUCGACGCGAGCGAGCCCGAACAGCUGUCGCCCGUUGGUCGCUCGGCGGGCCGGCUACUCCUCUCCGACAUCGCGGACCUCGUCGUCUCGUCAAUCGACGGCGGAGAGGGCUCCGAGAUGCUGCGCAUCAGCGUGCGCGCAAUCUUUCAGGGCGACGCGCUCCUCCGGGCUCCGCCUGGCGCCUCCUCCAUGCCGCUCUGGGUCGAGGCGCUCGCCAGUGCGAUGCGCGGCCGCCUGUCGGAUGGCGCAGAGGCAGGCCCGGCCGACGGCCUCGCGGCCUGCCUCGGCGCGAAGGAGAGGCAGUUGCGCGUGUCGGCGGCCUGUGCGUGGUGGGAAGCCCGGAGGCCGCCGACGCCGCAGUCCCUCCCGUCGCCGCAGCACUCGGCCGGCACGCUCCUCCGGAAGCGUCUGCUUGCGGGCGGGGCGGGGGAAGAAGCGGCGGGCGGAGGCGGCGGAGGCGCCGGCGGCAGUAGCACCGGCGGCGGCGGCGGCGGCGGCGGCGGCGGAGAGGGCGGAGGAGGGCGGUGGCCGUGGGAGAGCGGCCUGCUUGGCGGCGUGCGCGGCUUUGGUGUGCUCGAGAAGCGGCGUGACGGCAUGCUGCGCGUGGGUUGGGUGGAGCGGCUGUUUGUGCUGUGGUCCGGCGGCGGCGCGCUCUCGCUGCUGUACUACAAGAGGCGAGGCGCGGAGCAGGGAGGGAGCGACGAGUUGCUCG